GCAAAAGAUGGAGCAAACAGACGAAAUCUUCAAAACCCUCCACAGCCUUCACUUCCUGCAGGAAGGCACUGACGUCACGAGCCAAGAACACCUUGUGUAUCGUCACUUCCCGUGGCUGACGGGGCGUGUCCUACUGGAGAACUACUUCCUCUAUCGCCAUUUUAUCGGCGCGGACAGAUACCACUCACGCUACUCGCUCAGCCCUAUGUCUGUUCUCAAAUUUUUCCACGACUAUGAGGGUGAGUUUGGAACGUGUCUUCGGCGGACGGCUUUGUACCGGAAGGAGGCCGUCACCCCAGAAAUGACGUUCGCUACACGUCACAAAUGGGACGCCACGCCAGCGUCUGCGGAAGGCAUCUUCAGAUUCAAACACAAGUUCAAGAUUCAUUUCGGAUCUGCUGCUUUCGGGGUGGGUUGCACUAACGCCGACGACGGCCGGCCCACAGGUGGUGCAAUCACCAAGAAGUGUGGGCAAGUUUUGAUUUUACAAGAUCCUUUAAGAUUUGCUCUUUCAGAAUAUGGGCAAUGUUUACUCACUCCAGACUACGCUCCAAGCUGCCAGUCCAUUCAUCAACAUCAGAUUUCUGUGAAGGAAUGGAUCGUGUCCAGGGGCAGUGUUGUUUUUAAAAGUCUUUUGUACAGCUCGCGUUUUUGUCGGCAGAACUCCGAAGUAAUAAAACGAUACAAAAUGGAUAUGAUUGGACGAUCUCAUCCCCGUGAUGACACUCACGUCUGCCAGGCGGUCCAGAGCGAUCACCUAGACUCCCUGGAGCCGGAAGUAGUACGCCGUUUGUUGGAUUUCAUCACCAGUAAUCUGAAAAGCUGGUUCUCUUUUGUCGGUUUGUAUGAAGAUCUUCUGAAAACUUCCCGACUUUUCCAUUUGGUUUUCAGGGUGCCUGUACACGAAUGUGAGUUCCUAAACAAGUACAAUAGCAAGGCUCAGUCCUUCAGAAGUAGUAGGCAUGAUGUGGUAAGGUCGAGUGAGCCGAACUUGGCAAUACCCGGACAGACCAGGGGAAGUAAGCUAGCGUUCAGCAGUCAGACAGCAGAUGAUACACAGCCACAAAAAGAAGUCCCGUCACUCGCCUCGUUAGUCAAAGACGGUGACGAGUUGUCGUUACUGAGAACUCUGUCACGGUUGGAGAAUGUUCAGCUUCUAGAGCAGGCUGGUUUGAGCUUAUCAAGCAGACACGUCCAGAAAGAAAUAAAUGCUGGAAAUUCCAACAUUGACAGCGACGUCACAUUCCCUGAAAUAACUGACGACACGUCGCUCCACGAGAGUGCAGAUGUGAAGGGAUUUGUGGACCUACUUACAAACUCAAGCGAUGGUGGCAUUCCUAAAAAUAGCAGUGCUGCGAUUUCCCGCACAACACGGGCAAUAGACUUUGUAGAGGAAAUAUAUGAUGAAGAUGAAUUCGAAAGUGAUGGUUAUGGUGAGGAUAACAAUGAGGAGGUGUGGACGAGCAAUGGGUGGGGGAGACAGGAAGUGGUGUCCAAAUUUAUUUUGAAGUCUGAAGAGCGAAACACGAAUCAAGUGUGGGAUGCCCUGUACGGUAAACUGUCCGGAGAUCCGGAUGUACAGCAAGCACUGUAUCUGGAUAACCGGAUCUAUGAGGCUGCGAGAGAAAUUUACAGGGCUCAAACACAGAUAGUUUUUAACACGAUCAAAGACUUCUGAUAAAAGAUUGUAAUGGGUAAUGUAUAGAUUUAUUGGGAUUGAUUAUUUGAAAGCCUUUGCUUUUCUUCUGAUUUUGUAAUUUAUACAAUUUACACGCUUUGGGGGGUUUAUUAUUCUUUGUUGUUGUUGUUGACUUUGCGUCGAUAUUGAUAUGGAAGAGAGAGCCUGCAGAAUUUUGUACAUGAUGGCUGUGUGCAUGAGAGAGAGAGAGAGAGAGAGAGAAAGAUUUUAAAAAAUUUGUAUUUAUUGAUUCUUCAGUUUGAUUUUGAUGUUUUGCAAGAUUGCUUCUUUCAAGGUUUGCGAAUAAACACUAGCUGCCAAAUCAUGCGCAAGGAA